CCCACAAUCGGCAAAUCCCGCAGCAAAAUACAUCUCGAACUUUCGACCUCCGGCCUUCCACCUCUCGUCGCCAACUGCAUCCUCUACUAGAUCACUCACAUACGAGAUACAUCCUCGACAAUCUAGCUCAAGAUGUCCACCGCCGAGCUUGCCACCUCUUACGCCGCUCUCAUCCUGGCCGAUGAUGGCCUCGAUAUCACCGCCGACAAGCUGCAGAACCUCCUCAAGGCCGCCAAGGUCGAGGAAGUCGAGCCCAUCUGGACCUCGCUCUUCGCUAAGGCGCUCGAGGGCAAGGACGUGAAGGAUCUGCUUCUGAACGUCGGCUCCGGCGGCGGCGCCGCCGCUGCCGCUGCUCCUGCCGCCGGUGGUGCUGCUGCCACCGAGGACGCUCCGGCCGCCGAGGAAGAGAAGGAAGAAGCCCCGGAGGAAUCCGACGACGACAUGGGCUUCGGUCUGUUCGACUAAGCUUGCUGCUUUCCACACCGCGAUUCCCUCUUGCAUUGUCUGGGUCGGAUGGCGUCUGCUUUGUGCUGGGGACUUUCGGGACACGUUCGAUAAAAAUGGUCGGGAUGCGCGGUCAACACGGUUCAUUCGAAACCCUUCGGGCCCGUCCUACAUUAUCUCUUCCUAGUGGUCCUUGAAAAAUGGCAUUGACUCGAUACAAUGACGAGCGGUUACACUGUCCUCGGGCAAAAUAGAGAAACCUGGAUGUCUCCCAUGUGUGCCAUCCGUGACGGCGGUUGCUCCACGUCGGUCGUGGUCCCGUGCAAACACCAAUCAAUGCGUGACGUACUGCAUCACAAACUAAUCCGUAUCCCAUGAUCACAGUCCUGCGACGCUCGAAAAUGCUUCCUG